GUAUUUAUUAAAAGAAAUCCCACAAAAAAAUGAGAAAUUAGAAGAAAAACUUGAGUAUAAAGACACUAAAAAGGAAAUUACAAAAAAAGAUGAAUCACUGCAAGCAAAAAUUAAAGAAACACAACAAGAUAUGUAUUGGAAAACUGGAGAUGAUGAAAAGCUAUUAAAAAGAGAAACAAGAGAAGCUGUUAAACCAUUAAUAAGACCCGAGAAAACAACAAAAAUUAAAGUUGAAGUACAAGUUGAAGAUAGCUUAUUAGAAGAAGAUUUAACCAUGGAUGAAGUUUUACCGAAAAAUUUAAGAAACAAAGCUCAUAUCAAACAAACAUUACAAAUUGGCGAAAACACUGCACAACAUGAUAGCUUUUUAUCAAAAGUUGUAGACGCAACUUUAAAAGAAUUAAAAAAAGUUUAUGACACUGCAAUUAAACCUUUAGAAACUACAUUUAAAUAUAAAGAUUUAAGUAACAGGCAUUUCGGAGAGCCAGAAAUAUUUUCUAAACCAUUAGUUUUAUUUAUGGGUCCUUGGAGUGGUGGUAAAUCAUCAAUUAUUAACUAUCUGUUAGAUAUAGAAUACUCUCAAUUUUCAUUACGAACAGGUAAUUAAUUUACUUGUUAUAAG